AUGCACUCCUUUAUGCCGGACUGGAAGUUCGUUAACGAGGCUGCAGAACAAAUCCUGCACAAGGGAUUCAAUGGGGAUCUAUAUCAGCGACUAGGAGGAGCUUUUAUUGCUUCAGAGGCCCAACCCAUAGCACAGGGUCAAGCGUCCGUCGCCUUUCGCUUUAUCAACAAGCACCACUUGGCAUUAAAUUUCAGCACAACACCCUCUCUUGCACGGCUUAUCAUUGCGAUCUUGGAUGGCUCAUGGACACCGGAGCGUGGUGAGAGGAACGAGACCGGAUUUUUGCUGCUUUGGAGGAACCAGGAAAACACCAUCACAUAUCCCAUUCCACCUUCAAGCUUUCUUCUUCGCUACAUCUCAGCACUAUUGCACAUCAACAUAUUCCUGUUUGACACCGCCGCCCGCCCCAUUGUCAUCACCCAUCCCUAUCCAAAAGGAGUUGUCGGUAUUCUUCAUGAUGCAUCGUCAAUUCUGGGAUACUCGGACUACAAUGUACUCGGACCAACUCGUACGGAACAGGACGAUCUUUUCAUUGAUCUACGGCCACCAACACCCCCGUCUCUACCACUUCCACCAGGACCUGCCGCGACAUUCCGAACCGCCAAACGACCGCGCCAGCAGAGAGAAGGAUGCGAGAUCGACAGGGUCGCACUAGAGACCAUCUACAAGGAGGAAUGUGAGGCCCGAGUCAAGAAGGAGGCGGCCGAUCAGUGCCGCACGGCGAAGAAGCGUGCAAAGAAGGAGGCAGAUCCGAGGGAAGCAUUGGAGAAGGCACAUAUUGAUGCAAAGCAAGCGGAAGAGAAACGUGUAAGAACGCCUCGGGGAGUCAUGAAUGAAACUGCUCGACGCGUUCGCCAACACUGCGGCAUCAACGACGAAGAGGACUUUACCAACCAUCACGCAUCGAUGAUGAUUACCCACCCUAUUGGAGAACCUCAGACCGUUACUGGACGAGCUCUAGCGACAUAUAAGGCGGCCUUAUCAAGACACUUUGACAUGGCAUGGAUCGAGGAACAGGACCACAUAUCUGAUCCUACCGUUGCUUCAGCAAACUCAACAACUAUCGCCCUAACCCCAUCGGACAUCGACGCCCAGGAUGACAACAGCAUUCGCACUAUUACCCUACCUCUUGCGAAGCUGCUCAGGACGGAUCUCCCCACGAAGGAUCAAGAUUACAUCACCAAGAGGCUAAACGACGUACAGGGUGAGGUGUCUGACUUUAUGGAAUCCGUUGCCAUGGGAGCGGACGACUACUUCAAGGAGAACCCGAUCGUGGAAGCGGGAGUCAUUACUCCGGAGUGGCAACAGAUUGUAUCCGAUGCUACGGAGUUGAAGCCCCGAGUGAAGGAUCCGGCAACCUUGCUAUCCCAGGAUUAUUUGCAGUACCUUGGAGUUCGGAUUCCAGAAUUGAGACGUGCGAGGAAGACCCCCAAGACUACCACCCACCCCUUGUGGGAUACAGUGCUUGAAAGCAUCUAUAGCGGGAAGCUGGUACCACAAGCCUGGGAUGAUUCAAGGCAUCCUGACUCACCCUCAUCCAACCUCUUCAAGAUCAUUCCAAGCUUGUCUCAAGCCUCUGGUUCCGGCGCUGUGGAUGAUGCCUAUGCUGCUGCUGAUGCCAAUGUCGAGGUCGGAUACCAGUCAGAGGACUCAUCGAAGGAAAGCCUGGGGGGCUUGACGGCCACACUCAUGCGAGAGUACGCUACGAACAUCAAGAUGAUAUGGUCUGGAGACAUUUACGAGAGGUUGAGACGGUACGUGGUGCACAAUGUUCUCCGACUCAAUCUACGACCCCAGAGCGAGGAGAAACACCGCAUCCAAAAGCGGAAGCGUGCUAUCAAGAAGGCCGAGGAGAUGAAGGAGGCGUCGGCAUCGGCAAGCCAAAAGCGUCGAGAGUCCCUGAGGAACUGGAAAAGGCGAAACCAGGACCUAUUCAAUCAACUUGAUCACGCAUUUGAUACUAGUCGAGACGAGGAGCGCAUCAACAAGAUUUUCGGGCUCAUUGACAUCCAUCAAGAGCGGCGGCCAGGAGUCAAGGAGCAGAACAAGUCACGUGGACUCACCCAAAGCGACGACUACGAGACGGACUCGGAGUUUGACGGCUCAGACGACUCAGACGACGAUAUGGAUACUGAGUUGGUUGUUUCGGGCUCGAGCAAGAGCAGCGAUGAUGUUUUAAUGCCUUGCACUCACACAGCAGAUCAAGAUUGCGAGAUGGGGGUCAUGGAGGAGCAGUCAGAUGCCGGUCGCUCUAUUAAUGCAGAGGCUCAGAGCAGUGGUCCGUCUGAAUCUGUGGCACGCUCCUCAACAGGACCAAAGGAGCCGACAUCAAAGAAGCUCCGAGGUCUAGAAGCAGUAGCUAUCAGGUUGCUGGAAUUGCCAGACUCGAACAUACCCAUCACCGAAGAGACAGUCAAGGCGAAGCUCUACGAGCCUGAGAUGUACAGCACGGAGGAGAUUUUGGCCGUCUUGCGGCUAGUGACAUUACUGAGACCGUUUACCCCUAAGAAGGCCCACUCAGGACCCCAGUCAACUUCCUAUCCAAAGAGCGUCUUGACUUUGGGGCCGUUUGUAAUGACGUACGUCGACUUUUACACAGUACGCAUCACGGGACGACGGGCGAUAACGGGACCAAACCGCCACUUCACCAACAGUGCGUACGAAGACAAGAAGAAGAAGCAUGUUAAGCCAUCAGGUGUAAUCAACUGGACGUCGGAACUACUGGAAACCGGGCACACCCCUCAAUCUGCAGCCAAAGCGUCGGAGGAGAUCAAGAUUGUUCAGGAUCGUUUGGUCACAGAGCUACAACCCCUCAAGAAGGGCCUCAAGGCAGCCACGACGGUCAGGAGAGAAAAGGACCGCACCCUUCGUCACUAUGAAGGACACGACCAGAGACACAAAAAGGGAAUCUACCAGAACCUACAGGAGGCACGAAAAGUCGUCAACAACCUGAAGAAGAAGAUCGUUCCUCUCGAGGCUGAGAUCCGGGAAAAGAAGCAGCAACGCUACUAUUACAACAGGUUGUCCAAGGCGACCGCCCCCCCCAACAGCACUAUCAGAAGACCCUUCUCCCCUGCCCAUCACGACUGUCACAGAGUCUGUCCCAACUGUUCAACAUCCUGGGAUGCAAGACUUUGUCAUCCCGAUACUCACCACACCGGCAACGACGACGGGGCUUCAGAGCCGCCCACCUCUCACGCUGAUGCUGUGGACAUGGACAUUGAUGGCACGGACACCCAGCCCUCUCUGCAUUCAGAAUCGAAAGCGUCAUCUCUUCCAGAACGGACUCGGAACGCCAUAACGAUAACUGGCUCUUUAUCCCGGAAGGCAACGAUCGAGGACAUGCGUUUUGCCAAGUCCAACCGCAUCACCGCAAAACAGGUCAAAGAAGUCGGUGGAGUAGGUAGGGCGACUCGAACAAGGGAGCGUUUGCUUCGACAGCCGGAAAAUCAGAGGAUUUCGGAGCUUCACAAGGAGAUAGGAGAAAACUCCGUUUUGAAGGCGCAGACUAUCAGUGAAGUUGACUCUGCACAGGUGACCCGACGAUCAGCUACACAACCCCUUCGCAACUUCGAGGGCAGCAAAAGCUUAGUGAAACAAACCCACCACAAGGAUCUUCAACUGCAGCGAGCAUGGCAGACGAUCGCAGCCGACGAACGACGGAAAAUGCAGGAUUUUUCCAGAGGAACAGGACAGACCCAACCAGCAUCAGUCAACACAGUCGACUCUAUCGAUGGGUGUUGCAAGUGUGGUAGACACCACCUCCCAAUCCGCGUUGGAAGGGCACUCACCUAUCCACAGGAAUGCCCCAGAGAUGCGUUGCCCAUCAUCCCUAUCAUGUUCGUCGGGACGGCAGGAAUCGGAACCGGGAGUCGCAUUGGCGGUCAUCUAAAGUACGGCGGAAAAAAGGUCGUUGAGCAACAUGCCCUCUCCGUCCCUGUACUGAUGACCGAUGAAAACAUGACAAGCAAAGUCUGUCCGUUUUGUUUUGCGAUUCUACGCCUCGUCAAGGAACUGAGACUUGUCAACGGAGUCGAGAAGCUGGUCACAAUCAACGGUGCGGUUCAGUGCGAAAACCCCAACUGUGAGAGUGUCCGCGCCGGUUAUGCACGUCGAGGCAGGGACAGCAAUGCAUGUGUCAACAUUGCACUUGCGGGAUUCACGACAAUCAUGAGCGACAACAGACAGCCACUUCCUCCCUACAGGAGAUCAACGCGUCCAGAGGGCGCCACCCCUUCAGAACCCCAGUCUCUCGCUACUGGAACACAACAAAACAUCGAGCACUUCGACAACGGACCCAUUGACAACAAUGGCUUCCCGCGACGCUGCUGA